UCCAUGUACCCUGUUUUAUGAUGGUUCAUCCGGUAAGACCGUUACACCGGCCGUGUUCCAAAUGUCACCUCACUCCCUAUAUACAUGUCCCGUGAAACAUUCGCAAGGUCACUACGUAGUGCCCUACACUAACAGAAGAGGAUGCGUUUUGGAUCGAGCCCAUGCGCCCACGUGUGUUUACGGAAGUUGAUCCUUGACAGCAAGCAGGAAAAAACAUUAUCCCGACCACGUAGCUGUGAUUUUUAAAACCCUGUUGCUAGGCAACAACCGUUUGAAACGUGUUACCGGAAGUAGACAUCAGAUGAAAGUUUGCAGGCAACAGGUUUUCUGAAAGAAGUUAAAACGGUCAUUAAUAAACAGUGGCUCAGUAGGUUUCUCCUUCAUUCCUGAAGAUCAGAAGGUGAAAUGUCGGAUUUUCUGGUCUGGGCUCUCACUGGGUUCUUCUUGCUGCUCCUGAGCUUCUCAGUGUAUGUGGUGUAUUCCGGCCUGCUGACAAAGAUCCACAUUAGCACAGGCUCCUCUCCGGUUAAAAGCAUCACUGUGGCUUAUAAAUACCGAGAAGGUCCUUACAGAGAGUCCGGGCUGCUGAGAGCUGAGAGCUGCAAAAUUGCACCAGAGCUGCCCACUGUAGGAGUCUUCUAUGAUGAUCCAAAGAAGGUGCCUGGUCCGGAAUGUCGCUGUGCCGUAGGCAGUAUCCUGAGCGAGGGCGAUCAGAGACCCAGUGCAGAACUUCAGGAGCUCUAUGAAAAGUUAGGCUUUCGCAUCUUCACUUUCCCCGAGGUCACCCACGUGGUCUCAUCUUGUUUCCCCUACCGGACCCGACUCUCUAUCAUCCUGGGAGUGUACAGGGUUUACCCACAACUUGCCUGCUAUAUUAAGGACAGGAAGCUGUGUGCUCACCCCUUCCUCGAGAUCUACAGGAAUCGGUUAAUCUACUACAUGAGUCCACUGGCCAGGCAGGGAGAUUUCUACGUGCCUGAGGUCCAAAAGCCCGAAAGACAAGAGGAAUGGGAGGAGUCUGAGGAGGACCGGCAGACUGACAUCACAGGUGUGCUACCCACACUUGACAGGAAGCUGUGUGCUCACCCCUUCCUCGAGAUCUACAGGAAUCGGUUAAUCUACUACAUGAGUCCACUGGCCAGGCAGGGAGAUUUCUACGUGCCUGAGGUCCAAAAAGCCCCGAAAAGACAAGAGGAAUGGGAGGAGUCUGAGGAGGACCGGCAGACUGACAUCACAGGUGCAGACUCUCACAGAGAGUGCAGCUCGAGCAGCCGUCGGCUCCAGUCACACAGCAGAGACACGUCUCCAGCUCUCUCCCAUCAGCGCAGGGACUCGGCCUCAGACUCCGACUCGGGCAGCCGGAGAAGCAGAACGAGCUCCAGUGCUUCUUCCUUCGAGGAACUGCAGCUGGAAGCGGAGAAGGGCGUCACAUCCGAUGGCCUGGCCCACCCUAAAGUCAGCUCUCAGCAUCGAGGCCUGGUGGUGGAAGGAGAGGAAUAAUGUUUGUGAAUGGAAAGCUCAUUAAAAAAAAAAAAAAAAAAAAAAAUGUAGGCGCGUUAUAAAACUGUUUUGACUGUGAUGAGAAUUGUGUUCAGGUUGUAAUAAGAAUUGUGUUCGGUGUGUCUUGUGCCACUGUACUGUUGUUUUUGAUUUGGUUGAUGUUCCACAACAUCCAGGGCUUCAUAUUGAAUAUAUAAAAAGAAGUGAUGUAGUGUGGCUUGAGAAAGUCAAAUGAAUAAACAUUGAUAUGCUGUAAGAAGACACAGAGAGAAACAGAGAAGCCACAGACGUUCCAGAACAUUAAACGUAACUAUAAACAGUUAAAAAGCGAACGAUUUAGCACAUUUAAAGUCAGUUACAAAUGUGGUAUAUGAGGAGUAAAACAAGAAGAUGGAAUGAAAUAAGGAUAUGCUGCUAUGGAAAAUGAAUCAUCUUCAGCUUGGUGUUUUAUUACCUCGCCUUGGAUCGUUUUUCUGAAAAUGCAGUCGUGUACAUAUUUGGCCGAUGUGUUUAAAGAGAGCAAAAACUAUACACUGUUUCACACUUCUGCUGACCUAAAGUGCUGAAUUGACGAAUCUUUUCUUAUUCUGAGCCACAUUGAUUUUAUUGAAUCACUAAUCUGAUAUCAGUGAUGAAAUGUAGUCAGUCUGGUACUACUUCUGAAAUAUAUCUUACAUCUGUUUACUUCUCUGGUUCAGGAGUUUCACCUGUUAGACUUGAAAACUCCACAAUUUAAAGCAGGUAACCUGGAUUUCUUGAACUUGCGGCAUCUUCACUUCGAUUUCUAAACAGAACGUGUUCCUGUAGUUCUUAUUUAAAGGAAGAUUUCUGUCUUUGAGCGAGGUACUGAUUUAGAUUUCUCAAUAAUUGACAAUGAAACAAUCUUUCGCACCUCUUCAGCCGACACUGGGGGUGUGUGUGAGAACACACUCCGCUUUUGAAUUACAGUUGUGUUCAUCUCUAUGUUACUCAAAGUGUAAGAUCUGCAUAAUAGUCUUGACAUUUAGUUUUUAAAGCAUUUUAUUUUGAAUUGACAACUUUAUUGGUCAUAGAUCAACAAAUUUCAUGUUGCUGUUCAUUUGUUAUUGUUGCCGUGCACUAGUUUUUAUAUAAAUGUUACUUGGAAUCAUUUCCUUUCCUGAUUUCUCUCUUAUUGCAGAGUCGAACCGAUUCAGACAUUGACGCGGUGUUUGUUGUGCAAGAUUGCGAUUUCUCGCUCCUUUUAACCCUAUUAAUGAGUUUCUUGCGAUUAUAAUGAAGUGUUUUAUAUAUAAGGUUUUGGCUGAUUAUCCUUACUGAGAUCAUUCACCUGUUCAGGAUGGAAGUAAAGAUAAUGAGUGAAGGUGAUCAUGAGGUGUCUUGAUGAUUUGGAUCAUACAAACAUAAUGGCAAAAAUAUUACAAUCAUUAUACUGAGAUUAUCAUCAUUUCACCUGUUUUAUUAUUAUUAUUGUAGUUAUUAUUAAUAAUAAAUGCUCUAACACACUGCAGCAGAAGCACUGCAAGGAUCUUUUUUAAAAAAUGAGUUUUACCACUAGAACUAGAAUAUUUCCACAAAAAAAACAAGAAACAAAAAAGUGAUGUGUAUUUAUGUUGCUAAUUCUUGAUCUCCCUUCACAAAAUCAACCAGAAUAAAAGUUGUUUGAACAUCCCA